AUGUACUACAGCAGCGGCAACUACGAAGCCUUUGCCAGGCCAUCCAAGCCUGAAGGCAUUGACAACAAACAUGCCUGGAUUGUGGGCUCCGGUUUAGCUGGUCUAUCAGUAGCAGCUUUCCUAAUUCGCGAUGCGCAAAUGCCCGGCAAAAGCAUCACCAUCCUGGAAGAGCUACAUAUUCCCGGCGGCGCACUGGACGGACUCAAAGUCCCCGAAAAGGGCUUCGUUAUUCGCGGCGGUCGCGAAAUGGAAGCUCAUUUCGAGUGCCUCUGGGAUCUCUUCCGCUCUGUGCCAUCCAUCGAAGAGGAGGGAGCCAGUGUCUUAGACGAGUUCUACUGGCUAAACAAGCGUGAUCCAAACUAUUCCCUGCAGCGGGCGACUGUUAAUCGUGGCCAGGAUGCCCAGACGGGGAAGCUCUUCACGUUGAGUGAAACGGCACAGAAACAAGUGACCAAAUUGUUCUUGGCGUCGAGGCAAGAGGUGCAAAAUAAGAGAAUCGACGAGGUGUUUGGGAAGGACUUCUUUGAGAGCAACUUUUGGCUCUACUGGCAGACCAUGUUUGCGUUCCAGACAUGGCAUUCUGCACUUGAGAUGAAGCUGUAUCUCCACCGGUUUGUGAAUCAUAUUCACGGACUGCCCGACUUUUCUACGCUCAAAUUCACAAAGUACAAUCAGUACGAAUCUUUGGUUCUGCCACUGCACAAGUGGUUGGAAGACAACGGCGUUACCUUUCAGUUCCAAACCACAGUGCACGAUGUGGAUUUCGACAUUGCAGCAGACACGAAGAGGGCAACGUACAUUCACUGGACGCGAGACGGCCAAAAGGGCGGCAAAGAUCUCAGCGACGAUGAUUUGCUCUUCAUCACUAUAGGCUCCUUGACGGAGAACUCUCACCUCGGAGACCACCAAACGCCCGCGAAAAUUCAAGACGGUCCUGCGCCAGCAUGGGAUCUCUGGAAGCGUAUAGCAGCGAAGAGCAAGGAUUUCGGUCGCCCAGAAGUAUUCUGCGGCAAUAUCCCAGCAACGAAAUGGCAGUCCGCAACGGUGACCACCUUGGAUCGUCGGAUCCCAGAAUACAUUCAAAAGAUUUGCAAGCGAGACCCGUUCAGUGGCAAAGUCGUCACCGGAGGCAUCGUCACAGUACGAGACUCCAACUGGCUUCUAAGCUGGACGGUGAAUCGACAACCUCACUUCAAGAACCAGCCCAAGGACCAGAUUGUGGUCUGGCUAUACAGCCUUCUCACCGAAAAGCCGGGGAACUACGUCAAAAAGUCCAUGCAGGACUGCACCGGAGAAGAAAUUACGCAAGAGUGGCUAUUCCACCUUGGUGUCCCGGAGUCUGACAUAGCGUCACUUGCUGCUGAGGGCGCCAAAUGCGUGCCCGUGAUGAUGCCAUACGUCACGUCGUUCUUCAUGCCUCGUCAGGCUGGUGACCGUCCUGAUGUUGUGCCGUCGGGAUCAAAGAACUUUGCCUUUAUCGGACAGUUCGCCGAGACGACGCGAGACACCAUUUUCACUACCGAGUACUCCGUCCGAACGGGUAUGGAGUCCGUCUACCAGCUUGCUGGAGUAGACAGGGGUGUACCCGAGGUCUUUGCAUCAACAUAUGAUGUAAGACACUUGCUGAAUGCGGCGUGUCAAUUAAGGGAUGGAAAGGAGCUCAUCACGUGGAUGCCCGAGAGAAUACGCAAGCUUCUCUUUGAGAAGUUGGAGAAGACGCAGGUUGGGCAGCUUCUCCACGCGUACGGUUUGAUAUAG